AGAAAAGAAAAAUCGAAACUCGACAACGGCUUAUUGAGCCAUUGCAACGAACGGUUUCUGCCUCGGGUCUUGUGAAGUGUGUUUGUCAGUGAUAUUUAUUUCAAAAUAAGUGCGAAUUUAAGUGUUUUUGCGUUUUGUGUGAUAAUGGCAACGGCGCUCCCGCCGUCUCCCGCGUGAACAGUAGACUCUAGUGCAGUACCCGGGCCCGCCGCAGCACCCGACCACGAUGAAAAUGGUGUUGUCUCAACGGCAACGAGAGGAGCUGAACAAAGCGAUCGCCGACUACCUAGGCAGCAAUGGCUACACGGACGCGCUGGAAGCGUUCAAGAAGGAGGCCGACAUGAGCGGCGAGAUGGAUCGCAAGUUCGGCGGCCUGCUCGAGAAGAAGUGGACGUCCGUCAUCCGGCUGCAGAAGAAGGUGAUGGAACUGGAGUCGAAGCUGUCUGAGGCGCAGAAGGAAUUCAUCGAGGGCGCCCCGACGCGCGCCAAGCGCACCCCAGCCGAGUAUCCGCGCCCACCGGAGAAGUUCUGCCUGACUGGUCACCGCGCCACCAUUACUAAGGUUAUAUUCCACCCCGUCUUCAGUUUGAUGGUCUCCUCGAGCGAGGACGCCACCAUCAAAGUGUGGGAUUUCGAGAGCGGCGAGUACGAACGAACCCUGAAGGGGCACACUGACUCCGUUCAGGACAUCGCCUUCGACCACCAUGGCAAACUACUUGUAUCCUGCAGCGCGGACAUGUCGAUUAAGCUGUGGGAGUUCAACCAGACGUUCGAAUGCGUGAAGACGAUGCACGGACACGACCACAAUGUGUCGUCUGUCGCGUUUUCGCCGAGCGGCGACAUCGUGUACUCGGCCAGUCGCGACAAGACUAUCAAGGCUUGGGAAGUCGCCACCGGAUACUGCAUCAAGACAUACAAGGGACACCGCGAGUGGGUGCGUAUGGUGCGCGUGUCGCCGGACGGGUCGCUGCUCGCGUCCUGCUCCAACGACCAGACCGUGCGCAUCUGGAACGCGGAGACCAACGAGUGCAAGAUGGAGCUGCGCGAGCACGAGCACGUGGUGGAGUGCAUCGCGUGGGCGGCGGCGGCGGCGGCGCCCGCCAUCAACGAGGCGGCGGGCGCCGACAACCGCCGCGCCGCGCACGCCGGGCCCUUCCUCGCCUCCGGCUCCCGGGACAAGUCCGUCAAGAUCUGGGACGUGUCGACGGGCCAGUGCCUGGCCACGCUGGUGGGGCACGACAACUGGGUGCGCGGGCUGGCGUGGCACCCGGGCGGCCGCUACCUGCUCACGGCCAGCGACGACAAGACGCUGCGCGUGUGGGACGUGCCGCACACGCGCUGCCUCAAGACGCUCUACGCGCACCAGCACUUCGCCACCAGCCUCGAUUUCCACAGGAGCUUGCCAUACGUGAUAUCGGGCAGCGUCGAUCAAACCGUCAAAGUUUGGGAGUGUCGCUAGGAGUGUUGCCAUUUUAGUAACUUUAACUCACCGAUGAUAUCUUUAUCAUUAUUUUUUCACAUUAAAUAGCCGCAAUGAGAGCAAUGUGUAUUGCGAUUUUAAUGGUUAAAUCAUUUUAGAACGGAGAAAUAGUUUUGAUAAUUUAUUGAUAAUGUUUCUUCCUUCUGCUCAUUGUGGACCGUUCUCGAACGUUGACGAUGCUAUGUCCCCUCUCUCUUCAUCAGUUCCUCUCUACUGUUAACUUUGGAUUCUCACAUUCCAUUAAAUUAUAAUGGCUCAUAGUAGUUGUAAGUGAAUUCGGUAUCUCCCAAGUGAUAAGCAGAAAUCCAUGUAUAAUCCACUUGCAGAAAUAGAUACAUUAUUGACUGUUGAUACUCAAUAUGAUGGGGAGUAAUUUUAGCAAACUGAAUUUAAAUAUUUUGAUAGAGAUAUAAAUCAUUUAGAACAAAUACGAUUGAAAUGAUUGAGUUGCUUUAGUAAUGUUUAUAUUUUUGCAAUAAGAUUGUACUUAAAUAAAUAUUGAUGUAGCAUUUGUCAUGCGGCCGACGGGAACGACGGAGUGAGGAGUAAAAGCUGUGUUAUAAUUUAACAUUUCAUUAUUCUACGUUUUAUUUUAUAGUUAUGGUUUAUUCAUAAGAUUUGUUUAGAUAUAAAUUUUAUUUGGUAUUAAUAGUUAAUUUCUUACGUGUCCACUCUAGAGAAGAAUUAUUUGUACCUCGAUUUGUUUUAUGGUAAUUUAGUUUACAAAAUUUUUGAUAUUGUUGAUAUUCAUGACAAUCGUCCUGGAUGGUUGGUUGCAUGCGAGCCCGGGGCGCCCGUCUUUGGCUCGCUCCGGCCUCCCUCCCGCAGGCAGCACUACGACUACGGCGCUAGCGCCCGAGGGAGGGUCGCCGCAGCGAGCCGCCUUGUACAUACGCUUCUCGCAGUCUCUGCUCGAUUCGCUCUCAUUAUGUUUGUUCGCUGCCAGUGCCAACAACAUUAAUGGAAGUCUCCGGGGACUUAAAACUUAAUACAUACAUAAGAUACGUGUUCGGUUGGGUGUUGUGGGCGCUUUUUAUUUGCAGUAUCGUAGGGACUUAUUUUAAGUUUUGGCGAUUCAAAACUUUAACUAUAAGUUAGAGUGUUAUAUUUUAAAGUUUUAAUUAUUUAUUAUUAACGAUUAAAUCUUCAAUGUAUGCUGUCUAGAAAGGAUUUUUACGCAGAAUUGCUAGAUUACAACUUAGUUCAGAAUUAUGCAAUCGCUUACAUCGACGCGUUACUUAGAUCAUCCUUGAUUCAUCAUUCGAAUGUACGACGUUUAAAGUGUGUGAUAUGCAUUAGUAAUUCGUGUUAUCAUUUCAAUCUGAUUGAGGUAGCUAGAUGCAAAGAUAAUAUUUAAUGAUUCAAUCGAGUUUGAUACAAUAGUUAUUAUUUAUUGCUAUUUUGAGGAUUUCAAUGGGUUUGGAUACCCGAUAUUUUUACUAGGAAUUAGUAGUAGUUGUAGGUGAGUAUAGUCAUACUUUUAGACGCUUUACCGUGUUGACGCCUAUCAGAGCCCUUGUACAUUGCCUGGCUCAGAUAAAAUAAAAAUUGAAGUUAUGUGAGAUGAACUGUGUGCGUAGCCGAAUGCACAAACGCUUCACGAACCGUGAACGAACCGUGAACGGAUCGUGAAGCGUUUGGGCGAUCGGCUACUCUCACUGAUUCUAUCGAUACAAUCCAUACAAUUAUCAACCUUAUUGUUAAUGAAAUAACAUCUCAAUAACUUCAAGUAGAACCGGUCAUGCGACACUAGACUAUCUGAAAUCGACGUAUAUUAAUAUCACUGUCGCGAUUAGUUCGACAACUUUUGCCAGUGGCUUGAGCGACAUUCAUUUGUUCUAAAGAACUGAGAUGUUAGGACCGUACAGCUUUACUUUCAGUUUUUCCAAACAAAUGGUAUGUCGCCAGCAGUACAGUUUCACCAUAAAGGCCGCCCUACACUAGCAUCUCUGCGUUGAUGUCUAGUUAGCGUUAUGGAAAGCGUCACUGCGUAGUUUCGUCAAUUGCGUCGUCGAGCAUCAGCCAUUAAUACCGACGCUCCGGUGACGCCAGUGUGGUGUGGCUCUAAAUUUGCUUAAAAACUUUGUACUCACAACAGUAACACUGUACUGGGCCACUGACUAAAUACCUAUACUUAAGCAUUGAGAUUAUAUAAGCAUGCGAGGGUGUACAGCGCCUGUGGUUAAACUAUAAUGAUACGUAUAUAUCAUAGCCAUUCGCUUACUCAAUGUGACAUCGUUAAUACAUGGUGAUAGCAUCGUAAUUGAUUUGAAGCUUGCAAACUACAUUUAUGUACAACUUAUCAAGUAAAUUAUCUGCACUCACAUGAAUAUUGUUAUUAUAAAUGCUUACCGUAAGAAUAAAAUAUGUAUACAUUAUCAUCAUACAAAAUUCUCCGAUGCCUAGAGAGACUACUGAAGUAGGUAUGCAGACUACUAUUACCAUAUAUGAGAAUUUUGUAUUUACUCAAUAAUCCUGUAUUUUGUCUAAAUUUAUAAAUAGAAAAUAAUUACCAAAAUUGUAAUAGAAUUUGGUUUAAAUAUUGUGUAAAUAAAACAAUUAAAUUAUA